UGCUGUCUUUGCCCAAUAGUGCUUCAGGGUACAAGGAGAGCCAGCCUAGGCCUUGCAGCUUUGAAGCUGUGCCAGCUCCCUGCCCCAGACUGCUGAAUAUAACUCUGCCCAGGCCUGAGCAAGACUCAAACUUGCCACACUUCUGACUUUUUACAAAAGAGAUAUUUUAGAAUAACCUUAAAUGUCAGACCUACCCCCUCACCCCCACAACCUGCCUGGAUAUCUCAUAAAUUAUUCUACAGUAAAACUUUAAUAGAAAUGCUCAGAAAAUGAAGAAUUCUAGUCAAUGAAGUUUUUGGUAACUAACACUAAGAGCAGUUCAGAGUCCCCGUUGCAGAAGAUUUGUCCUGCUACCACCAUGAAUUCUAAAUGUGAUGUUGGUACUUCUAGAGCCGUUGUGAAUGGCUUGACACCUGGCAGCAAUGGGCAAGACAAAGCAACUGCCGACCCUUUACGUGCACGCUCUAUUUCUGCUGUUAAAAUAAUUCCUGUGAAGACAGUGAAAAAUGCUUCAGGCCUGGUCCUCCCUCCAGAUAUGGAUCCUACAAAAAUCUGCACUGGAAAAGGAGCGGUGACUCUCCGGGCCUCAUCCUCCUAUGGUGAAGCCCCAACCAGUAGCCCUGUGAGCCCUCAGGAAACCCUGGAACAUGAAAGCAAGCCAGGUCAGGAGCCAGAGAAUUCUUCAGCAGAUGACUGGAGGCUUUCUUCCAGUGCUGAUGCCAAUGGGAAUGCCCAACCCUCUUCACUUGCUGCCAAAGGCUACAGAAGUGUGCAUCCCAGCCUUCUGGCUGACAAGCCCCAGGAUGCCACUUCCUCCAGCCCAGCUCAGCCUGAGGUAAUAGUUGUCCCUGUCUACCUGGUUAAUACUGACAGAGGGCAAGAAGGCACUGCCAGACCUCCAGCAUCUCUGGAGCCACUUGGCUGCAUCCACACUACCCUGGUGACUACCCCUGCUGCCUCACCUCUGACCUUCCCAACUCUAGAUGAUUUCAUUCCCCCUCAUCUGCAGAGGCGGCCCCAGCACAGCCAGCCAGCCAGUGCUUGUGGCUCCCUUUCCCCUGUUAGCCAGACACCACCAUCCUUCUCACCACCACCUCCGCUGGUCCCUCCCAUACCGGAGGACCUCCACAGAGUCUCCAAGCCUGACCUCACGGGAGCUGUUUCAAGUACCCGUUCCAGUCCUCUACUAAAUGAAGUUUCUUCUUCCCAUAUUGCAACUGAUUCCCAAGCCUUUCCACCAGCUAGCAAGACAUCAUCUGCCUAUCCCUCCACAACGAUUGUUAAUCCCACCAUUGUGCUCUUGCAGCAUAAUCGAGAACAGCAAAAACGACUCAGUAACCUUUCAGAUCCUGUCUCAGAAAGAAGAGUGGGUGAGGACUCAUCCCCAACCCAGGAAAAACCCACAUCACCCAGCAGGACUGCUGAAAAGAGAGCAAAAGAUGACAGUAGGCGGGUGGUUAAAAGCACGCAGGACCUAAGCGAUGUGUCCAUGGAUGAAGUGGGCAUUCCACUCCGGAAUACCGAGAGAUCAAAAGACUGGUACAAGACCAUGUUUAGACAGAUCCACAAACUGAACAGAGAUGAUGAUUCAGAUCUAUACUCUCCUCGAUAUUCCUUUUCUGAAGACACAAAAUCUCCCCUUUCUGUGCCUCGCUCAAAAAGUGAGAUGAGCUACAUUGAUGGUGAGAAGGUGGUUAAGAGGUCAGCCACACUCCCCCUCCCAGCUCGUUCUUCCUCACUAAAAUCCAGCCCAGAAAGAAAUGACUGGGAGCCCCCAGAUAAGAAAGUGGAUACCAGAAAAUACCGGGCUGAGCCCAAAAGCAUUUAUGAAUAUCAGCCGGGCAAGUCUUCUGUUCUGAACAACGAAAAGAUGAGUCGGGAUAUAAGCCCAGAAGAGAUAGAUUUAAAGAAUGAACCUUGGUAUAAAUUCUUUUCGGAAUUGGAGUUUGGGAAACCGACUAAUCUAGAAAAAGAUCUCAACCUCUGCCAAACAGAGUUAGAGGCAGAUUUAGAAAAAAUGGAGACGAUUAAUAAAGCACCCAAUUCAAACUCACCACAGAGCUCAGCAGUCAGCCCCACUCCAGACAUUUCUUCAGAGCCUCCUGGAUAUAUAUAUUCUUCCAACUUCCACGCAGUGAAGAGGGAAUCAGAUGGGGCUCCAGGGGAUCUCGCUAGCUUGGAAAAUGAGAGGCAGAUUUAUAAAAGUGUCUUGGAAGGUGGUGACAUCCCUCUUCAGGGCCUGAGUGGGCUCAAGCGACCCUCCAGCUCAGCUUCCACUAAAGUGGAUCGUAAAGGUGGGAAUGCUCACAUGAUUUCUUCAUCUUCAGUUCAUAGCCGAACAUUUCACACUAGCAAUGCAUUAGGCCCUGGGUGUAAACACAAGAAGCCCCUGUCAGCUGCGAAAGCCUGCAUUUCAGAGAUCCUUCCUUCCAAAUUCAAACCUAGGCUCUCUGCUCCCAGCGCUCUUUUACAGGAACAGAAGAGUGUCCUGUUGCCCUCAGAGAAGGCUCAGAGCUGUGAGAAUCUUUGUGUUUCUGUUUCUCUGAAUGAUUCCAAAAGAAGCUUCCCCCUCCAGGUGGGGGGAAGCAUUGAGAACUUGCUCAUGCGCUCCCGGCAGGAUUACAACAGCAAAUCUAGCAGCACCAUGAGCCUCCAGGAGUAUAGCACCAGCGCCCGGAGGCCCUGCGCUCUCUCCAGGAAGGCUGGGUUGCAGUUUACCAUGUUCUACCGGGACAUGCACCAAAUCAACAGAGCCGGCUUGUCCCUGGGAUCCAUCUCCUCCUCAAGUGUGCGGGAUCUUGCCUCCCUCUUUGAAAGGAACAGCCUGGCAUUGGCCAGGGGUGAGCUGGGGCCCAGCCAGGAGGGCUCAGAUCACAUCCCCAAGCAUACUGUUUCUUCUCGAAUCACUGCUUUUGAGCAGCUCAUUCAGCGGUCCCGGUCCAUGCCAUCCCUGGACCUGUCUGGCAGGCUGAGCAAGUCCCCCACACCUGUGCUGCCCAGGAAUGGACUGACCUCAGCCCGCUCAGCCGAGUCCCUCCUUGAGUCAACUAAGCUCCGUCCCAGGGAGAUGGAUGUGAUGAGCACCAGUGGUGUCUAUGCUGCCCCCACAUGUAGCAAUAUAGCAGACCACACUUUGGGCUUCAGGGGCCUCAUGCCUUCUGAGCCCCUCUCUACCUGCUCAGAUGAGCUGGACCACUUAUCAAACAUCUCCAGUGAUAGCAGAGAGGGCAGCAGCAGCAGUAUUCAUGGAGACUUCCCCAAACAUCGUCUCAACAAGUGUAAAGGGACAUGCCCUGCCUCUUAUACCCGCUUUACCACCAUCCGGAAGCAUGAACAGCAGCAGUCCUCUAGGCAGCCAGACUGGCGCUUGGAUUCCAGGGGGGACAAGAGCGCCCUCCUAAGGAACAUCUACCUGAUGAGCCCCCUCCCCUUUCGGUUGAAAAAGCCCCUCCAGCACCACCCCAGACAGCCUUCCCCUGCUGGUUCCUCAGGCUUCCUGGUGGGCCAGAGGCCAGACCUCCCCAGUCAGCCCCAUCAGGACCAGGUGCCCUCUUCAGGGAAGCCCUUGGUUCCCACUCGCCUGUCUUCCUGGCACACCAUGGCCAGGCUUAGCCGCAGCUCAGAACCCCCUAAGGAAAGACCUGUGGUCCUGGAGGACUGCUCAAGGGCCAUUAAUAAUGGGGACUCUGUGCCAUACUCAGACCACGGCCUGGACAGAAACAACAACCCUCAAAGUAAACUGGCACCAUCCCUUCGAGAUUCAGAAUCACCAAGACAUUUUAUACCAGCUGAUUACAUGGAAUCCACAGAAGAAUUUAUUCGAAGACGUCAUGAUGAUAAAGAGAAACUUUUAGCGGACCAGAGACGACUUAAGCGCGAGCAAGAAGAGGCCGACAUUGCAGCUCGACGCCAUACGGGCGUCAUUCCGACGCACCAUCAGUUUAUCACUAAUGAGCGCUUUGGGGACCUCCUCAAUAUAGACGAUACUGCAAAAAGGAAAUCUGGGUCAGAGAUGAGACCUGCCAGAGCCAAGUUUGACUUUAAAGCUCAGACACUAAAGGAGCUUCCUCUGCAGAAAGGAGACAUUGUUUACAUUUAUAAGCAGAUUGAUCAGAACUGGUACGAAGGAGAGCACCAUGGCCGAGUGGGAAUCUUCCCAUGUACCUACAUCGAGCUUCUUCCUCCUGCUGAGAAGGCUCAGCCCAAAAAGUUGCCACCUGUGCAGGUUUUGGAAUAUGGAGAAGCUAUUGCUAAGUUUAACUUUAAUGGUGAUACACAAGUAGAAAUGUCCUUCAGAAAGGGUGAAAGAAUCACAUUACUUCGACAGGUGGAUGAGAACUGGUAUGAAGGGAGGAUUCCAGGAACAUCUCGACAAGGCAUCUUCCCCAUUACCUAUGUGGAUGUGCUCAAACGGCCACUGGUGAAAAACCCCGUGGAUUACAUUGAUCUGCCUUACUCCUCUUCUCCAAGUCAGAGUGCCACUGCAAGUCCUCAGCAACCUCAAGCCCAGCAGCGAAGAAUUACUCCAGAUAGGAGUCAAACCUCACAAGAUUUAUUUAGCUACCAAGCAUUAUAUAGCUACACACCACAAAAUGAUGAUGAGUUGGAACUCCGAGAUGGAGAUAUCGUUGAUGUCAUGGAAAAAUGUGAUGAUGGAUGGUUUGUUGGUACUUCAAGAAGGACCAGGCAGUUUGGCACUUUUCCAGGCAACUAUGUAAAACCUUUAUAUCUAUAAGAAGACUGAAAACCUUCGUUUAUAUUGGAGAAUGAAGCAAAAUUCAUGCACCAGUCUCUUUAUUUAAAUUAAAUAUUGAAUCAGUAGGAUAAUUAAUGCAGUGGAUAAAGUAAGAAGUGAAAAAGAGGAAUAGAGAAGUGUUGUAUUUAAAAGGUAAGCUUGUAUAUCAAGGAUGAGCCAUGUGCUGCUGGGCAAAAACAAUUCACGUAAAUCGAUAUUUACUUAUAUGCUUCUGGCAGCUGCUCCAGCCUUGCCCUCCCCUCCAUCUCUUGGGUAAUCUGACCUGAGGAAAAGUUCAGGAGUAGAGUUAGGCAGAAAUGCUUCCUGCUAACCCAGCCUUAAAAACCCUAUAUCCAAGGGGUCCUUGAACCUAAAGCAACCUUUGGGUCCCCAGCCAUGCCCCAGAGUCACUAAACCUGAGCAUCUACUGGCUAUCCCAUCCUGCAUCCCUAGUUAUCCUGGAGCAAGCUGAUCCCCAAGUGCUGCCAGAGUUCAGUGUAGGCUGCUGCUUAGGCUGUCUUUCAUCAGGGGUGGAAGCCCCCAACCUGUCCAAGUUCAAAUCUAUCCCCUAACCACCUGAGGUCCAGGGGAGGAAGUAGAGGCAAAUUAGGAGCCCUGUACAUAGUGUCUGUUAUGCAGCAUUGCCAGUGAUGGCCAUGAUGUUCAGACAGAAAAGCACACAAGAUUCAUCCUGAGAAUUGAGGAACAGAUGGCCAGGCAGAAAUCUUACAUUCUUAUUUCCACAUGAUCAUGUCAGGAAGCCCUGCAGCUCUGGAGGCCACUUGCAAUGUGUUUCUUUAUCAUUGGCUUUUAUAAACAGUCAACUUCAGGGCAGUGCAGCUGCAUUUAUCAGAGCUCUUUUGCUAAUCUUUCAUUUCUGACUCAUGUUAGCUGGAACAGUUUGGGAUUGGUAGGCCUAUUCUCAUAGGAAAUCCAGAGCAGUGUGUAGGUGUGUAAUGAUUCAUUUAAAAUGCAUCAGUGUGUGUUGGCUUCUGGGACACCCAUGAGUAAGUCACACUCACACCUAGAAGGACUCCAUGUCUCCAGUUUUAUUCCCUAGAAGAGUUCAAGGGCCAUUCAGAAUGUAGAUCUCAAAGCUGUGAAUCCUAAGGCACCUGGCCAGGCAUCCCCUCAGGGCAGAGUGCAGAAACAGCUCUUCUGCCACUGCUGGCAGCCACCAGGAGGUCUGUUUUUGGUAGAUGCUGGAUCAGAAGAGGGAGCCCUUGUGACACCCACAGUGCUUAGUCACAACUGUGUCCAAGUUGUGAUGAGGAUGUUUAUUGGCUUCUCUGUUAGACCCCUUAGUGACACAAAGAUAGAAGUGAAACAUUCCCUGCCUGCCAGGAACUCAGAGGUGACUGGGGAGACACACACAGAAAAGGAUCUUAAGACAGACUGUGUUAAGUGCUAGGAAGGUUCGAGAGGAAGAGAUAAGUUUCUCCUGGAGGGAUCCUAGAAAGCAUCAUCAUAUUUCUCUCUCCAUCAGCUCAGUUUUGAACAACUAGGAUGAUGGGAGAACCUUUGUCCUGGUUAGUUUGUGGCUGGAAAUACUUGGAAGUUUUUCCAGAGCCUUCAUAUUCUCAUCAUCCCCACAAAUGUACAUACAUCCUAGGUCACAAAUAGGAGUAGCAAUUCUCUGUCAUAUGUGUGUGUACUGGAAAUCCUGAAUCUUUGUAUAUAUCUAAGAAUUACCCCAGAACCAGUUUCCCAAAGUCUGGAGUCUUUAUAAGUAGGCAAAAUUUGUCUUCAGUGCCCCAGCUCAGCUGCUGUCCCAGAUGCCCAUCUGAGGAUCCCACCACUGGCUACCAGUCAGCUGCCAUACCCCACCUUCUUAUCCUUCUUUCAAGAAGGCUCUCAGGAAGAAACUAAAAUGUAAAUGACUCAAAAGGGGAAUGUGUUACCUCUUCCCAGAGAUAUUUGUUUUUAAGUAGGAUGGAGCAGAGCCUUAAUCCCAAGGGAAAAGACUGUGGAAUUUGGGGAAGGGGAUUUCUGGGUAGAAAGAGCCUUCAUGAUUUUCUUUUAAGUCUCAGUGACUGUAAGACAUACUGCCUUGGAAGGUCUGCUCCACCAUUCGAACACUGUUGUUUUACUUUCUUUCUUUCUGAGGGAAUGCAUAUGCACGUGCAUCUUGCACGGCAGCAUUACACCCAUUUUGGAAUGUAAUCCUUGUAUUGGCUAAUGUGUUUUCUGCUCUUUCUUAGAUGCAAAUCAUUAAUAAUGUGAUCUAAUAUAAUAAUCUUUUGAGAGGUGUUUCUUGAUUAAGUAGGUAAUUUUGAACACCUCUUUAAAUACAGCUAGAAAAUAAAACCAAUUUGUAAAGCCACAUUUGCAUAUAACACCAACCUCACAUCUUUGUAUAUCUCCCAAAAUCCAGGUAUGCCUCACCAAUUUGCCCAUCUUUAAUAAAAUAAUAUGUUAAAAUGCAUUACUUUCGCUUCCUAUGUAUGCCAAAACAAGGAACAAAUAUUUGCAAUUCCUCUUUUGUCUUCAGACAUUUAGUAAUAUAAAGUACCUAUUUUUAUGCUGAAAUAUUUCUACAGGUUUAUUACAGCCAGUGCAGCUAACUGACUCAUGCCUUGCAACACAUUUUGAUAUAUUAGCCAUGCUUCCAGGCAAAGGCAAGCCCAAACUACUUACCUUUUAAGUCUCUCUGGGAUCAGUAAAAGAAAAAAAAAUCAUGUGCUUGAGAAGUGGGAUUGUAAAUAUGUAUAUUUAACUUUGUAUAGCCCAUGUACCUACCUUGUAUAAAAAAUAAUUUUAAAAAUUUGAAUGAAAGGGUGGUUAAAUAAGGAAGUCAUAAAGUUUUUUGCCUUUUUAUUUAAAUGAAAAAAGUCCAAAUAACUCACCUGCAGACUUUUAGCACAAAAAUAGCCAUCAUACACUGUUAAAAUUUACAACAAUUUAUUCUCUUGGGAAGAGAAAGUAUAAUCUCAUUUAUAAUUUUUAAAAAUUUCAUUUCAUCGAUGGAUUUUUUGCAAUCCUAUUUAUCUUCAGUUGUAUUGACUUCUAUUGCUAGAAUAAGUUACUACAAAAGAUCAUUUUCUGAAAGAAAAGCAAUUGACAUAUAUAACCAGUUAAUUUAAAAGUGUUCCAUUUAAAUUAUACACUGAGAGCAUGUACUAUGCCGACACAGAUUUUUUUUGUUCAUUUAUUUUUCUUUCUUGCAGUGGAUUUGAUAGAUGUGUUGAAUUACUACCUUUGUUGUACAUAUUAUUUAAUAAACUUUAUUCAGAAUUGCA